AUGAUCCACCUCAGGAAUAGUCGUCGGAAUGUCCUUCAAGACAGAAUUCAAUUCGUCGAUCGUCCUUUUGUCCAAGCGGGAGCCCGGAUAUCGCAUGAAAAUGCAUUCCAGGACUGUUGUCGAAGUGUUGUCUUCCCGAUGGUUAGUCGCAGAGGCGGCCCAGUGAAAACAUGGUGGCGAAACGUCGACGUGUAA